AUGUCCCUUACCAUGCUACCUUUCAUAGCGCACCUCAUACUGCGGCCACCGCAGCCGCUGCAGCUGCUGGAGCCGCUGCCGCAGCACAGUGGACUGGGGCGGCGCUCCCUUCUUGUAGCAGGCGUCGGAGGGGCUCUGGCAGACCUUGCAUCGGGCGCGCUGCAGGAGGCCACAUCCCUCGUGGCCCAGGGCCGUGCCAAAGCAGCCGACGCCUGGCAAAGCGGCGAGCAGAGCGCGCAGCAGCUGGAUGCGGACACGCGCGCACUGGCGGCACAGAAGGGCGCUCUGGCGCAGGAGACGCUGGGGCAGGCGGCGGCGGCGGCGGUUGCGGCGCGCGCCAGGGCCGCCCAACGCUCCCGUGACGCCGUCGUCGCCGCCCUGUCCGCCAAGGAGGCCGCCCUGCCCGGCGCCAGCACGACACCCGCCGGCGCCGUCGCAGUGGCGCACGCCGCGGCCAGCCCCCUGCCCUCUGCGGACGCGGCCGCCGCCGCCCCCGCAGCAGGCGCCGCGGCGCCGGUCGUGACGACCCUGGCGGCCCAGCCGCUGCCGGUCACGGCUCAGGUGCCCCUGGCGGCGCUGCCGGCGCUGCUGGGGCCGCAGACGGCCGCUGACGUCACCGCGGCCAUCAGCGCCGCCUCGGCCCCUAGAACUACCCAGGUCGACCCAGACAUUGCUGCCGCCCUGGCCGGCGGGCAGGUCAAGGGCGAGCCCCUGCCCCAGAGCGUCGCGGCGGCGCAAAGCGGGCCGACCGAGGGCCGCAGCGGCGGCGGCGGCGGCGGCGCGGUCAGCGGCACCGGCGCCGCGCAGCAGCCGGUGUUUGUCAACAACCUGGCCAGGCGCACCUCGACGCAGAGAAUGGGGCCUUGA